AUAAGAAAUUACCGCCGAAGUGCUGCAACCGCGCGAUCAAACCCUAGUGAAACCCCCCUCUCCGACUACCUUGCUCACUCUGUUUCCCGGCCCCGAGUUAACUCAUCGCCGCCCGAGGCGACUCGCCGAAAUGUACGGAUCCGAAUCCGGUACGGUCCCGGAUGAUUCGGAGCGAACCGCUUUCAGACGAGCGGAGAAGAAGUACAAGCUGUACUACGAAGACACUUACAAAUCCUCCAAAAAGAAAAGGAAACCGAAACCGGUGGAUUUAUCCCAGGUCUUGGAUUUCAAGUCAAUUCUAGAAUCCUACAAUCAGAAGGCUGUGCUCCUGCCGGGAAUCGUUCCGGUUCAAUGCGGUUUUGACGGACCCGUCUUCUCCAUAGAAAAUCGCCCAGGAUUUUAUUUCGUUCCUGGAGCACUGAGUGUAGAAGAACAAUGCCAAUGGAUAAGGGAGAGUUUAACCAUCUUCCCGCAGCCUCCUAACAGAACAAAUCACAAUGCAUUUUACGGGCCUAUUAGUGAUUUAUUUUCUGCGGCAAAGGAGAGGAAAGUUCUGGUUGCAGAAGGGAGUUCAAAUUCUGAAUGUAGUUCUGCUGUCAGCAAUGGGGAUGCUGACAGGUGGAAGUUCUUUGAGGAACAUGAAGUGUCGUCAAAAGGAAACUCAGGAAAAUCAGUCUCGGCUUCAGUUUUAUUACGGAAACUGCGUUGGAGCACCCUUGGCCUGCAAUUUGAAUGGUCCAAGCGAAACUAUGACGUCUCUCUCCCACAUAACAAAAUCCCUGAUACACUUUGUCAACUGGCUAAAAGACUUGCAAAACCUGCAAUGCCUCCGGGUGAAGAGUUCCAGCCUGAAGGUGCAAUAGUCAACUACUUUGGCCCAGGCGAUAUGCUUGGGGGCCACCUUGAUGACAUGGAAGCUGAUUGGAGUAAGCCUAUCGUAAGCAUGAGUUUAGGCUGCAAAGCAAUUUUCCUUUUGGGUGGAAAGCUUAGGGAGGAUCCUCCAAUAGCAAUGUUCCUUCGAAGCGGUGAUGUUGUACUUAUGGCCGGGGAAGCAAGGGAAUGCUUUCAUGGCGUGCCUCGGAUAUUCACUGAGGGAGAAAAUGCUGAAAUUGUGCCUCUUGAGAAGCAGUUCUCCGACGAGGAGGAUGUUUGUGUUUUAGAGUACAUCCAAACUUCAAGAAUCAACGUCAACAUCAGACAAGUAUUCUGAGUUUCUUAUUUUCUUUUUCAUUGAAUUUUUUGUUUCAACGGAAAUGAAUUUUUGGCGAUGGAGAAUUGUAAGAGAUGGUGCUACACAAGGACGUGGGAGAGCUAUAUAACUACGACGGGGGGUUGCACCAAUGAAUGCAUGGCUCAUUAGAAGUUAAGCAGAAACAAGAGAAAAUAAGUACGAAUGCAAGCAUCAUUGAUCAUCCAAUGGAGCAAUGCAAGUAGCAUUGGUUAGAAAAAGACACUGUUAUUUGAUUGUCGAAUUGAAUCGAACGUGUAUUAUUGGGAGUUAUAUUUAAUUGGGGUCGUUAUUUUUUGUAAAAAUUCAUAGUCAAUGCUCCUGCAGUGCAAGGUUAUAGCUU